CAGCGUAACGACAUCUCGUCGCUUCGGAGUUGGUAAAAACAGGAUACAAAACAAACUGUUUACCUGUCAUAUUCUGUGUUGACACCUGUGUGAGAGGUUAUUGUAUUGCCGUUCGCUUCGUGUCUGUGUCGUCCGUAUGGUUUACGUAAGGACUGUCACCGGGACUCGUGUGUGGAGGACGGGCUGUUAGCACACUGAGCUUAAACUUAGCGCCCUUGGAAGCAGGAGGAGUUUUCACGGUGUCAGAAUGCCAGUGGAAAAGAGGAGAGAAAUAAAGUUGCACCAGUUUGAAGCUCUCUGCAUUUGCGUGGUUACUCCAAGUGGGCCGCGACACUUUCAACUUCUGAAUCACCUGCUGGUGUCCUGCGAAGCUAAUGAAGCUAACUUAGCCUGCUAGCUGGAAACAGACGGAGGCGGACGGGAUUUGGCAGCACGUCGGAGUGACCAAACUGGUUUUAACGGAGUGUGUGGAGGAAAAGAUGCUGCUGUGACUUUGUGAAAAUGUCACACAAACUACUGGACGCAGUUUUCCAUCCGGAAGUCCGCUUACACAGAGCAGACGUGGAGCUGCGGUCGGUGAGUGAAGGAGAGGAUCCCCCUGAGCGGCAGGACUGGAGCCCCAGUCUGGUCCAGGAGGAUCCACCAGAGCUGCCACACAUUAAAGAGGAACAGGAGGAACUGUGGACCGGUCAGGAGGGAGAGCAGCUUCGAGGGCCGGAGGAGGCUGAUGUCAUGGAGGCCACGUUCACUCCUGUCUCUGUGAAGAGUGAAGAAGACGAUGAAGAGAAACCUCAGUCCUCUCAGCUUCAUCAAAGACAGACUGAAGAGAUGAAAACAGAAGCUGAUGGAGAGGACUGUGGAGGACCAGAACCAGCCAGGAGCUCAGAUCCAGAUACCCAACCAGAUACUGACCACAAGAGUUCAACCUCCUCUGACUGUGAGACUGAUGACAGCUGUGACUGGGAGGACAGCAGAGAACCUCGGUCAGGUUUAAACCCUCUGCAGGACAAUGAAGGACAUCAGCAGAAACACAAUGGACUCCAAACAGGAGAGAAACCAUUUAGCUGCUCAGUUUGUGGUAAAAGAUACCACAGGAAGAACUCUUUAACAGAUCACAUGAGGCUUCAUUCAGAAGGAAAACGUUUCAGCUGCUCAGUUUGUCCAAAAACUUUUCAGUGGAGAGGACAAGUUGUGAGGCACAUGAGAGUCCACACGGGAGAAAAACCUUUCAGCUGCUCCAUCUGUGGUACAGAAUUUGCUCGAAGAGAAACUCUGAGUGACCACAUGAGAGUCCACACAGGAGAGAAACCGUUUAGUUGCUCUGUUUGUGGUAAAAGAUUCACUCAAAAGGCAAAUAUGACACAACACUUGAGUGUCCACACAGGAGAGAAGCCUUUCAGCUGUUCAGUUUGCGGUAAAGAAUUUGCAGUGCAUGGAAAUCUGAGACAGCACCUGAUGGUCCACACAGGAGAGAAACCUUUCAGUUGCAGCAUCUGUGAUAAAAGAUUCACUCAGCUUCAUAAUUUGAAACAUCACAAGUGUGUCGGUGAGAGCAGCAGGAGUAAAUGAAGCUGCAGAGCUGCUCGUCGAGCCACUUUGUUCCAGCAGGAUGUGAUUAAACACUGAACAAGUUUGAC